CGCGGGCCCCACUGCGCAGGCGCCCGCCCGGCGUGGGCGCCGGCGUGGUCCCCAUGGAGUUACCUUAGCGGAGCCCGCAGCUCCGGGAGCAGCGGGGAUGAGCGGCGCGGAGGCCGACCGCUGGGCGUGGCUGCUGGUGCUCAGCUUCGUGUUCGGGUGCAACGUCCUCAGGAUCCUCCUCCCUUCCUUCUCCUCCUUCAUGUCCAGGCUGCUGCAGAAGGAUGCCGAGCAGGAGGCACAGAUGAGAGCAGAGAUCCAGGACAUGAAGCAGGAGCUUUCCACUGUCAACAUGAUGGAUGAAUUCGCCAGAUACGCCAGGCUAGAGAGGAAGAUCAACAAGAUGACGGAUAAGCUUAAAACUCACGUGAAAGCUCGGACAGCACAAUUGGCCAAGAUAAAAUGGGUUAUAAGUGUUGCCUUCUAUAUAUUGCAAGCUGCCCUCAUGGUGUCGCUCAUCUGGAAGUAUUAUUCUGUCCCCGUGGCUGUGGUGCCAAGCAAAUGGAUAACUCCACUAGACCGCCUGGUAGCAUUUCCUACUAGGGUAGCAGGUGGUGUGGGAAUUACCUGUUGGAUUUUAGUCUGUAACAAGGUCGUGGCGAUUGUGCUUCAUCCUUUCAGCUGAAAGAAGACGAUUGUGGCUACGGCAUUUUAAAGAAUGGAUUUUCACUUAGUAGGUUAAAAAUCCAAUUUAUACUUUUUUUUUUCUUUUUUAAGGAAACAAAAGCACACGUUAGUUUUUUUUGUUUUUGUUGUUGAAUGCAUUUGUUCUUGGAUUUUAUGUGAGAUACGAGAGUAAUUAUUUUGUGACUUGUCACUGCACCGGAAAGCCGGUCUCACGUGUGUGUCCUGGCAAGGCCCAGAUUUGUUACCAGAAGUGGCCUGGGCAUCCACGUUCCUUGGGGUGUGUGCACUGUGGGCAUAUUUUAAAGGUCACAUUGCCAACCGGAAGGUCAAAAUUUUCUAAUGUAAUUACUUUAAAGACUUUGCACUAUUUUUGAUCCAGAUUAGAAAACAAUUUAAUUUUACUAUCACUACUAGAAUUUGAAAUCUCCUGUAGUACUACUAAAAGAGUAACACUAAUUGACAUUAUUUGUGUGUUUUUCUUUCUCUGUUUAAAAUAUCAUUCGUUGGGCAAGCCUUCCUAUAGUAUUAUUUACUUAUUUGAAGUUAUCUUUUUGUUACUGUGUUUUGUAAAUGUGUUCAUGAGAUCAUAAUGCAUUGUUUUAUGCUCACAUUGUGUGUUUUAUAUUUAAAACAUUUCAGAUGAAGUGUGUUUUAUAAGCAUUUAAUAUUUAUGUUCUGUAGAAUGGAACAAAUUUAAAAACAAACUAGGAAUUCUGAAUAAAUUGAGUGGAUACAUCUUUUAAAACACUUUUUUUUUUUUUUACCAUUGUGUUGCUCUUCUUUUUGAAUUAUAAUUGAUGUAAAACAUUAUAUUAGUUUCAAGAGUACAACAUAGUGAUUUGAUAUUUGUAUUCACUGUGAAACGGUCACCAUAGUAAGUCUAGUUUCUCCAUGUAAAACACUUUUUAUAUUAAAAUUUUUGCAAGGGCUUGUGUGACUUUUCCUUCCUUAGAGCCACUUACUUGCUGUGACAAGUUUGUAACUGUGACAAGUGACUGAGGACGUUAACCUGUUAACUCGGGGGCCAUAGACCUGUGAAGCUAAACUCCUAUCACUGGUUUUUAAGAAGUCUUAUUUGUAUUGUUGAGUUCCCUGAUGAUCUAAUAAGGAGCUCAUUGUUACUUCCAUGAAUUGUACCAGGAAAACACAGUGCCGGGGUGGCUUAGUUAAUCAUUUCCAGAGGGGAGUCGGUUCAUCAUUCAGAUGUCUCCAGCCCCAGGUUGACUUAAGCUUUAAGAAAGGACGUGGAGCAGGGAUCACGGGAGCAUUUAUAGCAGAAGCAUCAGAGGGCGUCCUUCGGCCACAGAGGAUGGGAAGCCCCCCUUAUGAGGCCAAGAGAGCAGCACAAGGGGCUUGGGCGCUCGACACCAUGUGUCUCGUCUCCCCUGCCCCCCACAGAGCGAGCUGCCCCCCUAAAGGGCAGGUCGUGUGGUGAGCAAUCAGUGGCUACGCACAGCGUGCCCGGGGACACCCUUGGAUCGCUAAUCCAUGUACAGUCUCCCUGACGAGACCCUCCUCUGUCUCCUAAAGAUAUGUUCUUUCAGUUCCUAUUUGAGAAUUCUGAUGAAUCUCACUAAGGCUAGAGGAAAAAAUGUACAGCUGUACGUGAGCAGUAGCAGUUUUUGAAGAUUACGUAAGGGACACGUAAGCAUCCUUCUUGUUUUACAUCAUUGUGGUUUUUCGGAAAUAGUAGUUGUUUUUAAAUAAUAAACAUGGUACUGGAUUUAAAAGCUACAGAAAAGGAUUCAAUGGAAACUAGAUAUUUUGGCCCCCAACUAUCCUAUCACCCCUGUCUCCUAUUACCAGUUUCUUAUAAUUCUUCCAAUGAUAUUCCAUAUGUAUGUGAAUAGUGUGCAUUUUUAAAUAAAUUUUUUUAAAAUUAUGAAAUAAAUACCCAAAAAAUUAGUAA